AUGAGGCGUGACAGUGUCCCAACCACGAUUCGGAGGAAUGAGUUUAAUGGUAUCCAAGCGCAUGGGCCCAUUAUUGGAAACUAUCCCUCAAAUAUAAAGGCGCAAGUACAAGUCAGGUGUAUUGAGACGGAGCGUCUAGAGACAAAUGAAGAUGGCGAAGACGAGGAUAAACAGUACUUUGAAACCGAUGCAAACUUAAGAGGCGGUGUUAUGACAUCGACCUCACCUGUCAAUGGGCCAGCCCUUGGUCUCGUGAAUAUUGAUGCUGCUACCAUAACUGCAUUGUCUUUCAACCACUCAACCUAUGAUGUCGGCUCUUGCCUUAGCCUACUCGCUCAAACGGCCACUGGGUCCGUCGGUUGGGCCAGCAGCUGUCGAAGCCUCUCCGAAGUGAUGGAUCCAGCCGGUGGAGAAGAAGAGGAGGAUGACGAAGAGGACCAUGAUGCUCAAGACGAGGAUGAAGAUAACGUAAAAUAUGAAGAAACAAAAGGUGUAAAUGAGCGGAGGAGGCUUGUAUCUUCAAGUUGUAUAACUGACACCAAUAACUCCUUAAAAGCAAAUGAAGUCAAUAGGCCUUCGCUCUCUGGUAUUCUACGUCCAAAUGGAGGUAGUCGAAGUGACGAUGAGGAACUGCACAAUACAUCAGCAGCAAGACGGCGUCAGCAAAAUGUUGGAAGAUUGGGAGCUCUUGGACCCCUACAUCGGCAAUCACUAGGCCUGUCGAUGGGAACUAGUGAUGAAGAGCAAGAUGAUGAGCAGGAGGAAGAAGAGGAUGAAGUGCAUACUGAAAUAAGAAAGAAUCUGAGUGCAAAAGCUGGAAAUGCCGCUAGCGAGGGUGGAGCUAGAAAAGGCUUAUCAACGCAACUUCAUUAUUGCCACCAUCCCUCUCAUCAACAUGGCUUGGGUACCAAUAGAUCAGCUGGCCAGCCUAGCCGAACUGGCGACAGUGAUGUUGAAAGUGCUGCUACGACUGGACCUUAUCCAAAGCCCGGCCAGCGUGGCCUUACGAAUCGCUGCCCAACGAAAACACCAGGCCCUGUUUCCGCCAGUCAGUCCAUAGAUGAGGCAAUUGACCGACUUGCCGGAGCUGGGCAGAUCACUUCCAUCGAUCGCCAAGCUAUCGCAACCAUUGCAGCGGCCACUGGAUUGACUGGCGCUCUCAACACUGUUGUUAAGUCAGGGGGGGCUGGUGGCUUGCGAAGAGGAAAAACACGUCAAGAGAUCCGAAAAACCCAGACUCUGCCCAGGUCAAUUCCAGCUCCUGGAAUUCAAGGAAAAAAGAGAACUGUAAGUGAUUAUUUUCCUCAAAUAAUAACUUCUAGAUUUCGUGGGCUAGUUUCGUGUUCCUUGGCCUACAAUGCACUAUUUUAG